AAUUAAACUUUUAUUUAGAAACCCUAGUUGAUGAUCACAUGGGAGACCCGUUAAAAGGUCCUGUGAAGUUUCCCGGUGGCCAGCAAUCAACAUUCCCACGGUCCGCGUGUCUCUCCCAGUGCGUCGUCGUCGUGCUCGGGCUCUCCCUGCGCCGGCGCCUGGAGAGGAUUGUCGGCUUACUGGGGAGCUGGUUCGGAACAGCAGGGACCAGCAGCUGCGGCCAUCCGCCGACUGGCAGUUGAGAGCGAGUGGCCGCCGUGAGCAGGACGGCAGAAGCGGAGCAGGCAUCAGGAUUCCCCGGAGCCACGAGCAACACGUAACAGAGCGGCCCCAGGUGGAGGAGGGGGCAGCAGGAGUCGGAGGCGGGCAGCCGUAGGCUUUCAGUAUACACAGGCAGCUCCCCCAAAAGAAAAGAUAUAUAUUUAAACGUCCGCCGUUUGGGAAACCGUCGCCAACCCGUGGAACAUGCAGCGAGAUCGCUGCAGGACUCCGUGGUAGACUCGCAAGAUGCUCAUCCGCCUGCGCUAUGGAAGACGCCUGCAGACCUAUCUGAAGAUAGGUGCCUGUGUCGUGGUGGGCCUGUGCUACUUCGCCUUCCUCUUCCGGGAGUCCCUGAAUGCCUACGAGCAUAGGGAGCGGAUAUCCGCCGCGGAAUUGGAGGCGGAUGCGGAGCCCUCGAAGCAGCAGCUUAAAAUCAAGCGGCAGCAGUUGCAACGCCAGAGGAUUUUGGCCAAGCAGCAGGAGCAGGAAAAGGCUACCACCGGGGGAAAUGCCAGUGCAGGAAGCUCCUCUCCUGUGGCGGCAGUUCCUCCAUCGCCGGCUAGCACCUUGAAUCCCGUGUACGAGUACUCCGAGGAACUGCACAGCCGCACGGAGCGGGAAUUGCAGAGGAGGAGCGAACACUUGGCCGCCGUCUGCGAUCGCUAUAAGCUGCAGGAGAAGUAUCCACCGAAUCCCUGGGAGUUCUUCGUCUCCCCUGGCCACAACAAUCUCGUCUGGUGCAACGUCUUCAAGGCAGCUUCAUCAACAUGGAUGUAUUACUUUAAUAUACUUGCCGGCUACGAUGUGAAGUUCCUGCAGCGGACGGAGACGCAACCUUUGGAGCUGGCGAGGAAGCGGUAUCCCCGCCCGGAACUCGGCGAACUGAUGGAGCUGCUGCCCAGUGCGCUGUCCUUCCUCUUCGUCCGCGAUCCCUUCGAGCGGAUAUUGAGUGCCUAUCGGAACAAGCUGGAGGGCAACAAGAACACCUUCUACAAGACCCUGGGCACCAAGAUCGUGCAUCGCUACCGCAAGCGGAAUCUGGGCGGACCAUGGCCGCGAUGUGGACCCACCUUCGAGGAGUUUGUGCGCUUCCUGAUCGGCGAACAGGCGGCGGGCAAGAGAUUCGACGAGCACUGGGCACCGAUCUAUAGCUUCUGUACGCCCUGCAGCGUUAACUUCACCAUUAUUGGGAAGACGGAGACGUUCCAGCGGGACUCGGAGUUCAUCAUUCGACAGGCGGGCCUGGAGUCCCUGCUCCUGGGACUGGGCAAGUUGCCGCAGCGAAAGCAGCGCAAGAUUGGGAACCAUGCGCGAAGUGGGGUUAAAUCGGAGGCACUGGUCGAGCGAUACUUCGCCGAUCUCGACCGCUCAACGUUGGACCAAUUGCUCAAGAUAUAUCGCAUCGAUUUCGAGCUGUUUGACUACGACUACCGCAAAUACUACGACAUGGUGCAUCCGUGGAGUCUGGAGCAGAGCACGUCGGCGUCUGGAGCGCCACCUGCUGCCGGAUCCACCAGCACCACCCCCUCUGUGUCCUUAGGUGGACAUUCCACCCAAGGUCAGACCACGUAGGGUCAACCUCAAUCAGUUCGGCAUCGAUGAGUCGUGAAACAAUCUUAUCAUGUACCUUUUUACACGAAAACUCAAACCACAGACAAAAGACAAACAAACAAACACACACACGAUAAAAACAGAACCCAACCGAAGCUAACAAAUCUACCAAAAAGUUUAAGGCCAAAUCAACGUUUUCCAAAAACGCAAAACCAAAGAAAUACACUCUUGACCUCUCUUAGAUAAUGCCAAAAAAAAAAAACAAAAGGAAAGUAAAGUAUGGAGCGACCCAAAGAAAACUUAGUUAGAAGAUUUAGCAUUUUGAUGGAUUUUUUCAGCCACCAAAAUUCUGACACGAGACCCCUACAAUUUUACAUGGCGUGGCAUGUGUUGUGUUGUAGCUAGUUUAUAAGUACCUACAAUUUACAGAUGCACUCUCAAACCAAACGAAAACACACCCACACAAGAAAACUCAAAAACAAAAAACAAAAAACGAUAUAUUAUAUAGAUAAACGAUAUAUACAGACCUCUAUACCAAUAUCGCGAACGCUAUUCUUCAAGGCAAGGCUGGAGAGUUAUAUACAACCAGAAAGUGAGAAAUCGUCUUAAACCAAAGAAAAUUCUGUAUUUACACAUAUUUACAACCGAAUCCCCGAAAUACCAAACCCUCAACAACCACAACAUAUGGUACUUACUAUUAUUAAGUUAUUAUAUAUAUAUACCUAUAUAUAAACGAAAUUUAUAAACAGGUCUUGAUCUAAGUCUAUAACUUUUGUGGACUAGAUACGUUUUUCCUAGGCUAACGAAACAAGCGGAAAAUAUUCAAGUUUUCGAUAUGAAAAUUAUACCAAAGAACGGAUAGAAAGUAUUUAAAACUUAUAAAAGAAAGAAAACCCAACAACAAGAAAAACUUUUCAUGUGAUGUUUAAGGAUUUAUUAUAAAAAGACAGAGAAUAUUUAAUUAUUAUACUUAUACUGUAUUUCGAAUAAAGAUAAAACCAAAACGAAAAACGAAAAACAAAUUAGUGACAUACACACGAUAUUAUUCUAAAUAAAAUUAAAUUUUCAAAACUUUUUUCGUUGUACAAAUACAAGGCAACAAAGUCAUUAAGAAUAAAUAAUCUC